CCUUUUCUCUGUCUCUCUUUGCUAAUUUGAAAUUACGUUACAUAAAUAGUUUUUCCUUUCACGAACUGUCAUGAACCUGAAUUAAUUAUGCACUGCCAUCAAACUCCAUUGAUAUUUGAUGCCAUUGUUUCAAAUUCCAGGGCAUUAUCGUUCAAAAACGGAGCUAUACAACACCACAAGCAACGAAGUAAGAACACAAGCACCAAUGACUUUUGCAAGCAAAAAAGAUACUGAAGAAGCAGGAAAGCGGCUUUAUCUAGGAAUGGAUUUUGGGACCUCUGGCGCUAGAUAUGCUCUUAUUGACAAGCAAGGAGCAAUUUAUUCUCAAGGAAAGAAGGAGUACCCUCUUUAUACGAAAGAGUGAAGAACCAAUGGAUUGGGUGCGGUCUUGGAAAACAACACUCUUCUCACUGCUUGAAGAUGUUCCCAGUCAUCUCCGACCACUUAUUGCUUCUAUUUCUAUUGAUGGUACUUCUGCAACUACUAUGAUUGUAGACAGCAAUACAGGAGAUCCAUUAUGCAGACCGUACCUUUACAAUGAGAGUUGUGUCGAUGCAUUGCCAGUUGUAAAAUCUAUUGCUCCUGCAAACCAUACAGUUUGCACUGGAUCAUCUACCCUAUGCAAGCUUGUCUCUUGGUGGAACAUUGAGGAUUCAAAUAAAAAUUCAGCACUAUUGUUGCACCAGGCCGAUUGGCUUUUGUGGCUUCUUCAUGGUAAACUUGGAGUGUCUGAUUAUAAUAAUGCUCUGAAGGUUGGCUAUGAUCCCGAACUGGAUUCUUAUCCACCAUGGUUGCUUGCUCAACCAUAUUCACAGCUUUUACCUACAGUUACAGCUCCAGGAACUUCAAUUGGUUGUCUAAAAGAGGAUAUUAGAUCCCAAUUUGGAUUUCCAGAAGAUUGUGUUGUAUGCACAGGAACAACUGACAGUAUAGCUGCUUUUCUCGCCGCACGCGCAACGCAACCUGGGAAAGCUGUUACCUCAUUGGGUUCUACACUUGCUAUUAAGCUACUGAGCACUAGCAGGAUUGAAGAUGCACGAUUUGGGGUUUAUAGCCAUCGCCUUGAUGAUAAGUGGCUCGUUGGAGGUGCUUCAAAUACUGGUGGAGCUGUUCUCAGACAACUUUUCACUGAUGAGCAAUUGGAUAAAUUGAGUGAACAGAUUAACCCCAUGGAAGCUUCUCCUUUAGACUACUAUCCUCUGAAAGCAGCUGGUGAGAGAUUUCCGGUGGCAGAUCCAAAUCUGGCUCCCAGAUUACAUCCACGACCGGAAAGUGAUGUUGAAUACUUGCAUGGCAUUUUAGAAUCCAUUGCACGUAUAGAGGCAAAGGCCUAUAGCUUAUUGAAAGAUAUGGGAGCAACACAGGUUGAAGAAGUUUUUACAGCAGGAGGCGGUGCAAAAAAUGAGAAAUGGACAAAGAUACGAGAGAGAGUGCUCGGCUUGCCCGUGAGCCGAGCAUUGCAAACAGAGGCUGCCUAUGGAGCUGCAUUACUGGCAUUGAAGGGUGCCCAACAGAUUGUGAAUUGAUUGCAUAAUGAAAAUAGGUGAGGAAAAUGUCCUGAGAAAUUAUCAAGUACAACCAGUAUUAGUUAUUUGCAUGUAGAUUGAUGGCAAAGAGAAGAAAGCCAACUUUCGUUAGAAAAAUUUAGUCAUAUAAAUCAUAUUCAUGUUCUAAGUAUAAAGUUCCAUCUUGGUUUCAUUUUUUUUAGCUGCAAAAUGAUUAUAGAAUAGCUUAUACUUAAUGAGGUACUGUCUGAAAUUUGUUUAUAA